CCCUAAUCGGCCUCAUCUCAGGCGGUCGAGCUGAGGCCACAGCGGCUCCAGACCAGGCCCCGACUGCGCACAGCAGUGGGGGCGUUCUUCCAAGGUAAUGAUUAAGCUGAGCGCCUGGCAAGCCGGGAAGGUGAGCCCUAUUCACACCUCGGCCAGGCUGAGGUGGCCUGGACUGGUUUGGGAAGGCAGGGCCCCAGGGCACCAGAGCCCGGUAGCCUCAGCCUCCCGCUGCACACGGGCGACCUGGAGCGUCUCAGGCCAGAGUUGCUGCUGCCUACCCCACUGGGACCCUGCCCUCGCGCCCAGCACUAUGAAGCUGCAGGGGUUCUGGGCUGGGCUGGAGUAUACCUGUCGGCUCCUGGGUAUCACCACUGCUGCAGUGUUGAUCGGCGUGGGCACUGAGACCUUCUUCCAGGGACAGUUCAAAAGUCUGGCUUUCUAUCUGCUGUUUAUAGGAGCCGCCGUCUCUGUGAUCGAAGGGGCCUACUUUGUGGCUCAGCUGCUGGCCAUCUGCUUCCAGUGUCAGCCAGGGUCCCUGGCCUACAGAGCAAAGGAGAAGGCUCACUGGCUGGGCUGUUUCCAGAGGUUUCUGGCCUACAUGCUGCUGUCUGUGGCCUGCUUUCUCCACCCUGUCCUGGUCUGGCACGUGACCAUCCCAGGCUCUAUGCUCAUCAUCACUGGCCUGGCCUACUUCCUGCUGAGCAAGCGGAAAAAAAGCAAAGCUGCCUCAGAGGUGCUGGCCCCGCCGGAGCUCUACACUGACCCCUCCAGCAGCGCCGUGAGCACCACUGGCUCUGGGGACACGGAGCAAACCUACACCUUCCACGGGGCCGUCAAAGAGGGGCCUGGCUCCCUCUUCAUCCACAUGAAGAGCAUCCUGAAGGGGACCAGGAGGCCCAAUGCCCUCCAGCACCCAGAGGCCCUGACAGAGCUGACGCUGGAGCCAGCUGACUCGCUGGCCAAGAAGAAGCAGGUACACUUUGAGGACAGCGUGGUCAGAAUCAUUCCGGCCCUGGCUGAAGGCCUGGAGGAUGGGGACAGCGAGCCUGAGGAGACCACCUCUGACACCACCCCCAUCAUCCCUCCCCCCGAGGCCCCACCCUUCCUAUCUUCCCUCUCGGGUGACAGCCUCUUCUGAGUUGCUCAUUCCAGGCUAGGGAUGCUCAGCCAGGGAUCUGCAUAGGUAGCCAGCCCUGCCUGGAAUGUCCUGGUGUUUGGGGCCCUCCGGGGAGCUCAGGGUCUUCACAGGUCAGCUCUUCAAGGGGUGACCAGACACACCACAGAGGCAGCUGGGCCUCUGGGGCCAUGGAGCGGCAGGGCGGUUCCUGCAGAGUCCUUGAGGGUGGCACAAGUGGAGCUCAUGCUGCCUUGAGCCCUCAUGGGUUCCUCCCACACAUGGAAAGGAGAAAUCCUCGUGCUUUCCCGGAAAGAGACCAUCACUCCCACUUCAUACAAGGCUGCCUCAGCCCAGAAUCUCCAGAGCUCCUCCUGCUCCUGACACAGGGCGCAGCACUCAGCAAUAACUCAUGGCCCAUCUCAUCUCCAUUGUAACAUUUCAGCUCUGAAGGCCCAAGGAUGCAUGGCAACUCACGCAUCUCAAAGGCAGGUGUUGACGAUGGCUGUAGACCCCAAACUGGGACCAGGGAGGAGGGCUGGGAGCGAGGAGGAAAGGCAAGGCUGUGAGCCCUCAGGGUGGGAGCAGUGCCCAAGCAGUGGGCCACAUUCUCUGCGUGCUCUGGCACUGGCGCCAGGCAGCAGGAGUCACAGGGCCACUGGGGAAACAAUGCGGCUCUGUGCUCACUGCAGGAAGAGCCAAGCCAGAUGAGUGGUGCUCAUUCCAGAAGCAUUGCUGAGAGUUCCCAGCAUCCCUACCACAAGGGCUGUCGAGAUUCCAAGUAGAUGAUGUAAACUAAAGAUACUGAAAGCCAAUAACAGUCUUCAGCUGGGAAUGCCAACAUCCAGGACAAGGCGCCUGCUGUAUGCAGGGACCACAGAGGCGGUGCCACGGAGAUUCAGACAGCACAGAGAAGUGGUUCUGCCAUGCUGAGGGGAUGGGUAGCAGAAUAGGUGCUAAAUAUAUGUUUGUUCAAAAGGGAAGGGAAGGAAGGAAGGAGGGGGAAGAGGGCAGAUAGAAAAAUGGGCAGAUGACAGGCUAGCUCUGUCACAGGGCCACAGAAGUGACAGCCCAGAAAUAACAAAGAAAGUUGAAUCCGACAUUCUUUAGUUAAAGGAUUUGCAAUAUAGAUUUCUUUAAAAAGUGAGUUUUGGUCCAUGGGAUAGUUGUAAGGCAGAGUAGACAUUUUAUUCUUUAGAGGCAAUCUUAAUGAAUGAGCAAUCUGCAAAACACUGUUACCUUGCUUUCCCGUUCAUGUGUGUGAGCAACUCCGGGGUUCUGAAAAGCCUGUCUUAGACUACAUGCCCAAGGAAAAUCCAGCACUGAGUCUAAAGAUAGGCUGUAUUGUUUUUUAUUUCAGCAUGAGCUUCUGGUAAUUUUGUAUAGUCUCUUAGAAUAGUGAUCUGGACAGUUGGGACCAUCGGAACGGCAGAAGUACACUGACCUCUGCUGGGGCAGGUGCAAGAGCCCAUGCAAUGAAAUGUUUACCACCUAAUGGAUAUCGAAAGCCUUUGUGAGUCUCGAAUCAAAUUUCUCUUUCAAGAGAAGAUGACAAGUAAAUGGCCAAGGCCAAUGAUGAUUCGUUUGUCCCUAAACAGCUGCUUCUGUCUGAGGCUGCACCUGAUCCCGAGCGGGGGAUGAGGGGCCACGAACCCACUAUCACUUCAGUUUCCAGGAAACUCGGUGAGGUAUUUGCAGGCCCCAAGUCUCAGUUUCCUCUUUCUAAAAUGGAACGAAAUUUCUUUUUUUUCCUUUUCAACCAGCAGUACCAGUAAACUUGGAGAAGAGGUCUCUA